AUGCGCAAAAAUCCCUACCUGGCGCACUACUUUGGUGCCGCAUUGGAUUCGAGUUUUGAAGAAGAGGGGAUAAACGCAGCCGCAAACUUUGCGUACUUCCCCAAUUCGAAGCAUAUGACGCAGCGGGUGUUUUGUCCAUCGCGAGAGUCGGAGCUGUCAAACGGGUCCAGCACAGCCGUCUGUACACCACCUUCGAAUGUCACCCCCGGGAUUCGUGUAGCAGCCACGAGGGCACGUGACGGCUUUCCAUCAUCGCCUCCCGAAUACACGAAUAGACUUCCACCUCUACCUCUUUCAGCUUCACGACGUUCUACUCCAGUAGAGGUGUACACAGACCGACAAAAUUCAUUCUAUACGGAUCUUUCAAUAACACGGUCCAACUCCCCGAUGGGUAUUCGCACGCAUCAAACCCCAGAACACCCAAGCAUUGAGGUAUUUAAUAGAGGAGCUCCGGGAUGGGGCUCAAUGAUUAGACAGUCACAUGCAGCCGUUGCAGAGGUCAGGGAAUUAUUAGGUGCUGAGAAGGCAACCCCUGCCGCAAGUAUGCCUGUUGCCAAUGGAGUUAUUAGUGCCGUGGAAUCGGAUGGAGGACAAAAUGAAGUGGGAACGGAAACAAAAGUUUCACCCGCCACUUCUCUCUAUGAAGGGGAAAAUACUAGAACAGGCACCACAUCCUCUUACGUUCCGAUGAGUUGUGCUGAACAUCACCCUGUUGACGUGUCACUUGUGCCACAGUCAACAAUUGCGUUGCCGUCUGCAGAAGCGACCUCACAGAGGCCAGCUCCAAAUGCGUCUUCACAGGAGGAAGAGAAAAAUAUUGUUACAAACUCCAUUUCUUCCCAUGAUGCGCCAAACAAGAUUGGUCAUCGUCCUGACCCGCCGGCCUUGCAGCAGUCGACUGCCUCUGUGCCGCUUCAGGUCAAGUGUUUUGUUUUAACGCUAAACCCUGAUGCUGUUGCGUGUGCUUUGAAGCGUUUGUCGCGUCAACCACCCUAUGUCUAUGCAAUGCAGAACAAUGAAAGCACUGUACAGGGAGAGUCAAAUAUGCCUGAAAAAGUUUCUCCUGUAGUUUCCACUGGGCGACCUAAAUCUCGGUCACAUGGUGAGAGGAAAAAAUCAAAGUCUAAGGGUCAGGAUCGAAAGGAUGGUGUUAUUUCGGUUGCCUCGCUUUAUGGUAUAUUGGAGAGAUUAGCAGAUGUUGUGCGUCCGCAAUCUGAAAGCCGUUGUGUGGAUUCCAAUGAAAAAAGAGGAGAUUUGGAUGGUUCAUUUCAACCACCGCAUAGUUUGAAUGUCUCAGGAGAAAAGGGAGAAAGGAUUGAUACGUACUGCAAGGAACGCUCCAUGAGGGAACCAGUUGUGGCUCCGAAGGUGUUGAUGGGAAACGCUCCACGAAUCGAAGGGAGAGAUUUUCCUUUAAAUGAUCACCGUGAGGCGUUUAACUCCAUAGUGCCAACUUCGCAGCUUCAAUCCGUUGGUGUUAAUGUACAGCGUCCGCUGUACAGACAACGGCGAACGUCUAGCGCCAGACGCCCAAGCGCUAGCCGUGCGCCGAGGACGCCGAGUUAUGCCUUACCCACUGAGAGUUGGCUCUGUAAAGGGGCGGAGCUCAACGACGCCCCUGUCGAUGCCAGUUUUAUAAUGGAGGGUAGUAAAACCAAAGGGGCUCUGCGCUGA